GCUUCUUCCUCGAACGCAGAGGAGAACUGGUCGAUGUCCUCCAACCUGGAGGAGAUAUCCGACACGGCUGAUCGCUCUGCCUGGACGGCACAGAACGCUUCCGCGUCAAGAUCCUGCACGUUUUGUUAGCCGACACCCUGUCCCCUUGUCAUGGUAUCGCCACGGCUAAUUCCAGUGCUUCUCCAUUACCUCGGAAAAAACGCUGUCAACGUAGCGAAUGAUUCGCUCCUUAUACAUGGCCUGGCCUUCCCCGUUAACAUCGGUGAGGACCGAUGCCAGCUGCGCGUUGCCGUGCAACCAUAGUAGGCCGUGGAUAUGGAGCGCCCCUCGCUCGUUCGUCUCGACAGCGCCAAAAUAAUGGCUGAUGCGUCCGAAUACCGAUUCGCCACCGACAUUGACGUACUUUUCAAAGAAAAGCGUCAUUUCGCGGUGGAAGAAUAUGGCCGAGCUCAUCGGGUCCGAGAUUGCCAGCCUUGUUCGCUUAUAGGCAUUCCCAAGACCUUCCAGGAACGCUUCGGCCGCGUGCGGCUCGUGUGUUCGAUACGCUGCCAGCAGCAGCUUGACCGGGUUUGUGAUAUCAUUUGGGUUCAGCGUGAACCAGAUGGCUGGCACGCCAUGCAGAACAAUAUUCGACUGGAUCUUCCGGCGCAUGUUCAGACGCACCUCCCUCGACAUGGGUUGUCGAUACCCAUACAGCGACAGGCUUCUGAGAAGCUCCUUCACACUGUCGUCGUUGGUUUUACCCGUACUUUCCAGCUCCAAGGUUGCCGCUGCUAGCCUCUCGGUCGUCAUGGACCGCAUUAACCGUUCGAUACGACCAAAGUUCUUCCUCAUCACGCUCAGCAUGCUGACGCGGCGAUUUCUCGAC